AUGACAGCGGCUCCGGCGCCCUCCCCGCAGCAGAUCAGGGACCGGCUGCUGCAGGCCAUCGACCCGCAGAGCAACAUCCAUAACAUGGUGGCAGUGCUGGAAGUGAUCUCCAGCCUGGAGAAAUACCCCAUUACCAAAGAGGCACUUGAGGAAACAAGGCUUGGGAGGCUUAUCAAUGAGGUGAGGAAGAAGACAUCCAAUGAGGAACUUGCCAAGCGUGCCAAGAAGUUGUUGCGGAAUUGGCAGAAGUUGAUAGAACCUGUAACUCAGAAUGAGCCGGUGCCAAGAGGGUUGCCGAAUCCACCAGGAUCAGCAAAUGGCGGUGCCCACAACUGCAAACCAGAAGCACCGCUUCCUGCCAUGGCUGGAUCAAAGCCAAUCAGUGAAUUGAAGAGCAGGAAUGAUAUACAGAAACUAAACUCUCCAAAAACAGAGAAGUUGGGAAAUCGGAAAAGGAAAGGUGAACAUAGGGAUGGGCAUCAGGGCCCUCCUGUCCCCAAGGUCUCCAAAGCUAGUCAUGAAGUAUUACAAAACUCUUCUCCUCCUCCAACGAAUGGGAUUGGGGGUAGUCCUGAAAAUUUCCCCAGCCCUGUAGAUGUAAACCUACACGCAGGGCCUGAAAGCAGCAGGACAGACCUCAGUGAAAAUGAUAAACACAGUAAGAUCCCCGUAAAUGCUGUAAAACCUCACACCAGUUCUCCAGGACUUGUAAAACCAUCAAGCACUUCCUCGUUACUAAAGACUGCGGUGCUUCAGCAGCAUGAGAAAUCAGAAGAAGCCCCAGGACCGCACCAGCCUAAGAGUCCUCGCUGUUCCUCGUUUAGCCCUCGAAACGUUAGGCACGAUACUUUUGCUCGGCAGCAUACUACGUACUCACCAAAGGAUUCGAUGCCUAGUCCAUCUCAAAGGUCUCAGUGCUUGGAUACUGCACAGGUGCCAUCGCCGCCACCAUCCUUGAUGCAACCAUCAACACCUCCAAUGCCAGCGAAAAGACUGGAGUUCGCUCAGCAAUCAGUACCCGAGGUGUCUCAGCACUGGCAGGAGCAGCAGGUCCCUUCUGAGAGCCAGCACCGGCACCCGGCAGGGCCGCUUCCACCGCACGCGUCUCCCAGCUGCAAAGCCAGCACCCAUUCCGGGGAAUCUCUCACGCCRCACGUUGGCUUCUCGCAGGACGCUUCGAAAAUGGACAGUGAUGAUGCUGCUUCGGGUUCCGAUAGUAAAAAGAAGAAAAGGUACCGACCUAGAGACUACACAGUCAACUUGGAUGGGCACGUCACGGAAGGGGGGGUGAAACCUGUGAGAUUAAAAGAGAGGAAACUUACUUUUGAUCCCAUGACAGGACAGAUAAAGCCUUUGACACAGAAAGAUCCUUUGCAGGUAGAAAUUCCUGCACUUACUGAACAGCACAGGACAGAAACGGAAAAGCAGGAGCAAAAACCCAACCUGCAAAGCCCUUUUGAACAAACGAACUGGAAAGAAUUAUCCAGAAAUGAAAUAAUUCAGUCAUAUUUAAACAGGCAGAGUAGCUUGCUGUCUUCAUCAGGAGUACAGACUCCAGGAGCUCACUACUUCAUGUCUGAAUAUUUAAAGCAGGAGGAAAGCACUAGAAAAGAGGCUAGAAAGACUCAUGUUCUAGCUCCUAACAGCAAACCUACAGACUUGCCUGGGGUCACAAGAGAGGUCACAAGUGAUGAUCUCGACAGAAUACGUGAACAUAACUGGCCAGGCGUGAACGGUUGUUACGACACACAGGGUAACUGGUAUGAUUGGACACAGUGCAUAUCUUUAGAUCCACACGGGGACGAUGGUAGAUUGAACAUCCUGCCUUAUGUCUGCCUAGACUGAGUACAGUUUUGCUAAAAUGCUUUUACAUCUGCAAUUAGCAAAAAUGGCAGACACUUUGCCACUUAACCAUGGAGAAAGCCUCCUGUCCUGGACAAACAGGCCCAAUGAGCAGAGGGUGUGAGGGAGCUGGUUGUUUACAGCUCUUUCCUUUAAAUUCUCCUUUUGUGAAAUGCUGCUACCAGUUUACUAACAAUUGCAAAGGAAGGCAUACGAAGGUUGAUAAAUUGAGUUCAAAACUCUAUAGCGAGCCAGCUAUAAAAAAGUGUUAGUCCCCAAGAAGUGAAGAUGAUUUCCAGCACUUUCUGAAUGCCGGAAUCUUACUACAGGCAGGUACAGAGAAAAAUGUGGAAGUUACCUUAACAAAAUAUGCAUCUAUUUAUUUGACUUGAUUUGGGUUUUUAUUUGGCAGUGAGAUAUUUGAGAGACAAUGUGCAAAAACUGUAGUUUUAUUUGUAUCACAUCUCUGAACAUGAUUGCGUUUUUAGUCAUGUGGUACGGAGAUUGGGUUUUAAACAGCAGAUGUUGCACUGCAGGCYGGGGAACCGGCUUCAGCUCAACAUUCCAUAGGCAUCCACAUAUUUUAGUCUGGUUUCAGUUUAAAUCCAGUCUCUGAGAAAUGCUGCAAAAACUAGAUGUUUAAAGAUAUUUUUGAUCCCACCACUACCAGCCAAAUAUUUUUCCUCCUUUUCCCUUCCUGCAAUCUUCUAGGAAAAAAAGAAAAAAAAAGAAAAAAAAAUCACCUUUUCUAGAAACUAAAUGUAAUGAGGGUGCUACAAGUUUGUAAUUGUACUGUGAGAGGGAAAAAGGAAGCC